CUGCGUCGCGUGCGUCUACGUAAAGCCGCGCUCCGGUGUCCCUGGCGGAGAAGAUGGCGGCUCCGGGACCGGGGGAGUACUUCAGCGUCGGGAGCCGUGUCUCGUGCCUCACCUGUUUAGGCCAGCGUCUGCAGGGAGAGGUGCUGGCCUUCGAUUAUCCGUCCAAGAUGUUGACUUUGAAAUGCCCUUCCUCCAGCGCUAAGCCCCACCUCAGUGAUGUCAUCCUGGUUAACCUAGCCUAUGUUUCAGAUGUGGAUGUUAUUAAUGACCGCUCCGAGACUCCGCCUCCUCUAGCAUCCUUGAAUAUUAGCAAGCUGGCCAGUCGUGCGAGGACAGAAAAGGAAGACAAGCUGUCCCAAGCCUAUGCAAUCAGUGCUGGGGUGUCAGCCGAGGGCCAGCAGUUAUUCCAGACCAUACACAAAACCAUCAAAGACUGUAAGUGGCAGGAGAAGAACAUCAUUGUUAUGGAUGAUGUGGUAAUCUCUCCACCGUAUCAGGUGGAGAACUGCAGAGGAAAAGAGGGAAGUGCUCUCAGUCAUGUACGCAAAAUUGUGGAGAAACAUCUGAAAGAUGUGGAGAGCCAGAAGUGUGUUCAGCGCACACAAGGCCAGCACACACAGAAGGACUCGUCUCUAUCCUCGUGAGUGGGGUGUGUGUCUGCUCUGGGGAGGGCACCGAGGGCCCGAGAGCUGCUGGGGGCCAGCGCUCUUCUCCACCUCUGCGGCGCUCCGAGGGUGGAGGCACCAGGGCCUCGCGCAGGGAACACCAACUCAAACACAUUCAAACAAAAAAGCAAAAAAAAAAAAGGAAAAAUGUUUUAAGAGAAAAACACAAGAGUGAAAAGAGUUCAUUCUAAAUUAGACUUUAUGAAGAUAAUUUAAACCCCCAUCCUCCAUAGUUUCUUUGACUAACGUACAGUGUCUUAUCCCCUUCUUCCUCCUGCGUUUCAUCUCCUCUUACAUCCCUCCUUCGCCUUCUAUUCCAUUUUUGUCAAAAAAAAAAGAAAACAAAUCAGUCAGAAAAGCUUGUUAGCUUUUACUUUUUAUGAUUUUUUCUUCUUCUUUUGGCUGUUUAUGUUCUACGAUUGUCUGUCUUUUCUGUAUUUUAAAAGAAAUGUGACUUAUGAUGCCACGCGUUACAAAGGACAUUUUCUAAAAUAAAAGUAACAAAAAUUCUGACUGUAA